UCGUGCCCGUUCACGGAUGCCCGGGAUUCUUCACCGCUGCGGCUAUUAUUAUCAGCAUUUAUUUCACAGGAAAGGAACAACCUGCCACCUCAUGUCAUGUUUAUUCGUUGUAUAUUUAAAGAUAUGUUGUCAACCGAUUUCGAGGCACAUACACAUUUCGUGAAGCCUUGGCUGACUUGACAGCUGGGGACAACAUAUCGUUGUGUCCAGUACACGGUCAUGCGUGUACCUUGGUAAUUUUGCGGUUUAAGUUUCACUCCUUAUCCGACGGAACAUUGGGGAUAGCAGAAAUUGUCGGUCUUCACCUGGGAAAGACGCGGAGCCAUGGGGCUCCGGGCGCGGGACAGCUGGCUGUCAUGUCUGCUCCUGCACGCCUCUCUGCUUCCACUGCUGACCGCGGCCGAGAGGACCUGCCCCGGCGCCUGCCGCUGCGAGGGGAAGAUCGUUUACUGCGAGUCGGCGGAGUUUGACGGGCUCCCUGGGAACAUCUCGUCCGGGUGUCAGGGCCUCUCCCUGCGCUACAACAGCUUCCUGAGUCUGCUGCCCUACCAGUUCAGCCAUCUGAACCAGCUGGUGUGGCUCUACCUGGACCACAACUCCAUCAGCACGGUGGACGGACAGGCCUUCCAGGGCCUCCGACGGCUCAAGGAGCUCAUCCUCUCGUCCAACAGCAUCGCUCACGUGCAGAACGGCACUUUCUACAGCGUGCCCAACCUGCGCAGCCUGGACCUGUCCUACAACAAGCUUCAGGCCCUCCUCCCGGGAUACUUCCAGGGCUUACGCAAGCUCCAGAGCUUGCACCUGCGCUCCAACAGCCUGACCACGAUCCCGCUGAGGACAUUCCUAGAGUGCCGGAGCCUGGAGUUCCUGGACCUGGGGUACAACCGCUUGCGGUCGCUCUCGAGGACCACUUUCAUUGGCCUGCUGAGGCUGGCGGAGUUGCACCUGGAGCACAACCAGUUCUCCAGGAUCAACUUCUUCCUGUUCCCGCGCCUGUUGAACCUGCAGGCGCUCUACCUGCAGUGGAACCGCAUCCGCUCCGUAAUCCAGGGGUCGCCCUGGACCUGGUACACCCUGCAGAAGCUGGACCUGUCGGGGAACGAGAUCCAGACACUGGAUCCGGAGGUGUUCCGCUGCCUCCCCAACUUAGAGGUGCUCAACCUGGAGUCCAACAAGCUGAGCAACGUGUCCCAGGAAGUGACUUUAGCCUGGAUCUCCGUCACCACCAUUAAUUUAGCCGGCAACGUCUGGGACUGCAGCGUCAGCAUCUGCCCCCUGGUGGCCUGGAUGAGGAAUUACAGGGGCACCAGAGAUGCCACCAUCAUAUGCAGCAGCCCGAAGGCCCUCCAGGGCGAGAGGGUCAUGGAUGCUGUGAAGAACAACACUAUCUGUGAGGAAAUCGUAACAGAGAUGCCCACCCCCCCUGUCCCCGUGGUGACCAACCCCGCCCCCCCUCCCUCCACCACCCUGAGAACCACCACAAAGCCCCCCCCAGCCCCCCCGAUCCAGCGCCUCGCCCCCCCAGUGGUGGUCCCUGUCUGGCCCGAUCAGCGGCCUGCUCUGCCCCCCUCCACGUCCCCAGGUGCCCCUCCAUUCACGCCGGAACCCGACUUUGAGCACAUGACCUUCCACAAGGUGGUGGCGGGCGGGGUGGCGCUGUUCCUGUCGCUGGCGCUCAUCCUGCUGGUGGCGUACGUGUCGUGGCGCCGCUACCCGGGCAGCAUGCGCCAGCUGCAGCAGCACUCCAUGCGCCGCAAGCGGCGGAGAAAGGCCCGCGCUCCGCCCGAGCACACCAUCAGCUCGCAGCUGCAGGAGUACUACCUGAGCUACGACCAGGCCAACGCCGACACGCUGGACUCGCUGGUCAACGGAGCCUGCACCUGCACUGUCUCUGGCUCCCGUGAGUGUGAGGCUGAGUACCCGAGCACGAGGCCCCUACCAGGUGCCUGGCUGGGAGAUAUCCUCACCAUUCACUGAGUGCUGGAGCUCAAACGCCAUCCACAAGCUCCUGGACCUCCACCACCACCACCACCUCCCACACAGAGCCUGGAUCUCC